AUGUCUGUCCAAUAUGACUCUUCAGCUGCCCUGUCAGAUGCUACUUGGGUGGCUGUCAUACUGAGCGAACGAGAUGUCGCAGGUCAAAUCCCACUUAACUAUGUGACGAACCCUGCUGUAUCAUUGUCGGCUGCCUGCUUUGGAAACCGCAUCUAUGAUAGAGACAACGCUGCGAAAUGUUUCUCCAAUCUCCUAGCAAUCGGGUACCGACGUCUUGUUGUCGAUCUAUAUUGGUCGGUCAACCGUAGGACGUGGUCUUUCUGUCCGGUGUCUAUUCCAGUUAGAUCUGGGGCGUCUGUAUCCUCAGAGUCCAAGAGAAGGGAUUCUGAGACUGACAAUGAUGAUUCACCUGAACCCACUCUCUAUGAGCUAGGGCCAUACAAGUGCACCGACGACCUUGGUCCUGACACCUUGGUAGAAGUACUAGUUGGUUAUUUCGAAGACACAGACAACCAGUUGACUGUGUACACCACCUAUCUCGUCCUCAAUCUCCACGUCGCUGCAAGUGUCUCCACGCCAGAUGAGCCUGCCUCUGCCAUCUCGGGAGGUCAGUUGCCAUCGGAAACUGAGCGAGCAGGCUCAAUCCUCGGGACGGCCCUUAGUGAGUUUAUCUACACCCCGGCUCAGCUUGCCUCGGACCGAAGCAAUUUAAACGAGUCAUGGUAUAAGGUCGACCAGAGCUAUAUGCCCAUCACAGAGUAUUUCACCGUUCAUGAAAAUGAAAAGGGCGAACAGAGCACCCCAGAUGGCUGGCCAUCAUCAAAAUACAUUCAGCUCGCGAAACGCGAUCGAGUGCUCAUUGAAUAUGGCUCUGUCGAUUCCCAACUGGUGCAUUACAAUCUGUCUACCACAGACAAUUCGGUCUUCUUUCCCGGAUACCUGACUUCUGAUGUGAAUGUCUCCGCAACCACCAACGGCACUCUUACUUCAGGCUGUCUGUAUGAGCCUGGGCUCACACGCGUGUCUCAAACCAACUCAUCAUGGGCUAUAUCCAAUCACCUCCCUGUCCCUGAUGGUCUUUCCACAGAUGAGACGAUGGAUUCGCUAGCAUAUGUUCUCUCUAACCUUACAGCUUGUGGUCUCUCGCCAAUGCUCAACACCACUCUCUUCGGUCAGACCGCAGACCAACAAGUUGAACAUUACCGUAAUGUCUCCCUCUCUUCUUCCUGGGCUUGGGCAAUUGGUGAGCCACACGACGCAAACUAUGCCGGCAGCGAUGGUGAUCCCAAGUAUGACCGCUGUGCGAUCAUGGAUCUAACGCUCGAUGGCCACUGGCGAUCCAUGAACUGCACUGAGCAGCGGCGUGGCGCCUGUCGAAUCGGUCAUUCGCCUUUCUCCUGGGUCCUGUCAAAUAAAUCCGACACUUUCUCCAACGUGUCGAACACCUGUCCACCAGGUUCGAGCUUCGCUGUACCGCGUACCGGUCUAGAAAACACGUAUCUCUACAAACAUCUGCUCUCUCUGCCAGAGACAAAAGUCGACUUGAGUUCCACAGACCCCGCCCUCCGAGAGGUCUUUGUAAACUUCAACUCGAGGGAUAUUACUUCCUGUUGGAUAUCCGGUGGCUAUGGUGCGACUUGUCCUUAUGCCUCUGACCCGCAGCAACUCGAGCGCGAAACUGUGCUUGUCGCCGCAAUUGCAGGUAUCAUCAUUCUCAUUAUCACAGCCCUGACUUUCUUCGUCAAAUGCAACGCCAACCGCCGCAAUUCCCGGCGCAGAAAGCGUGUCAUUGCAGGGUGGGAAUAUGAAGGUGUUCCCUCGUGA